GUGUGAUUCUUUGUUCAAAUAUUAAAUUGUUUUAAUUUAUUUUUAUUAACAGUUUAAAUAAUGUACAACCUUGGAGCAUUGGUGAUUAAUGUGUUGUUCUUGACAUUUGUUGGUAAGUUUUAAAUGAAACACCACUUUGCAAAAGGAAAUUUAAACUCAAUCCAAACGCAAUGGUUCUAUGGGCACUGGUGAGGCAAUGAUAAUUGCCAUGCACUUAAGCUCCUCUCAUUUUUGCUUGGUCUUAAAUUCACGCGAUUUAAUUUUGCCCACUCGGAACGCGGUUUUUUGCGCAGUUUUAAUUUCGCGCAAUUUUGAUAUGGAACAAAACUAGAAAGUCAUAUUUAAACGAUGAUUUUUUUCCUUGUUAAAAUGACGUUAUUAAGAAAAUGCCUGUUAAAAUUUUAUAAAUACUACAGUUUAAUAAUAAUAACAGUAAUAAUAAUACUGUAGCAAUCACCAGCCUGCCUGUACUGUUUGUCUGUAUAUGCGAGUACAAUGCAAUCAACCAGCUGACCAAUUUGAAAAAGCCAUAAUUGACAAUAUUUUAAAGGAAAGUUCGAAAAUUUGAAAUUUUACCCGGAAAAAAGUUGGACAGUUUUUGGCAGUUCAUUUUUUGCGCGGAUUGAAGCGCGCGCAGCUAUGUGAACGCGCGGGUAUAUAGAACAUCCGGUAUACACAUCAAGCAUGUUUCACCCAGACUAUACUGGGGAAUUUGAACAUACUUUCUUUCAGUUUGCUCAGAAGCAGAGCAUCACUUCCACUCUUUGCUUGGGAAAUCCAUUUACGUUCCGAGAGAAGACUUGUUGGGAGACAUCCCGAAUGGAAUAUCAUUCUUUACAAAAAUCCCCGACGAAUGCAAGCGCAUAGUAAACCUCGCGACCACCACCAAAGAUCAAUCAUUUUACAAGAACACGGGAGAGUUUUACAAGAGUAUCGCAACAGAAACCGGUCUUGACGCAAAAUACGAAGGACAUUUCUCGCUUGGAGCGUCCCUCGAUGUCACCACGAAAAGUGUGAGUGGUAGUAAACGCGAAGUGAGCGGUACCUCUCUCAACUUGGCAACCAAGGCGUACGAAGAACAAGUGAAACCCAACUGCCUUUAUAACACUGAGAAGAAUUCAAGGCUCAUUAGAGAUCUUUCUGCUCUACAAAAGAAGAUUGCUUCGCCUUGGCACAAAUCAUCUUGGAGAGACUACCAAAGGUACAGUUUGGGAUAUAUUUGGUCGUUAUAGGUUUACGAUUAACAUUAAUUUCAAUUUUAUCUUUACAACAAUUGUGAUUUUCUCAACUGUGUUUAUCCUAACCCACCCUGUCAACUUUUUCAUGUGGGAGAAAAUCAGACCACCCGGAGAAAAGCCACGACUUUCGGCAGAGCUUAUAUAUACAGACGUUUUUCAUAUGAGGUUAUAGCGAGAAUUGAAGCCACGAAUUCAGAGAAGUGAAAGGCGCCUGCUCCUAUACCAUCACCACCACCGAAGCCCCUUUCAAAUAGAUCACAGACUGUACUUAAACGUCACUGCAUAAGUGUUGCUAAUCCAAAUAGUCCAAAUAUAUUCCUUGAGAACUUAUCAUCUGCGACACGACUAGGGAAAAUAUUUACGAGUCCCACGAAAUACUACAGGUUGCAUCUGAUAUAUUACUAGGUUCCUGGACACUCAUGGCUCGCACGUCGUCACGGCUGUAACAUUUGGUGCUAGCAUUGAUCAAUAUGCAUUUGGUGAGCAGUCAUCUUCCUAUACAGCACGCGAGUUCACAGUGAAAGCAUGUGCUUCCCUGGCAAAGGAUGUUGAGGUCGCCUCAGUCUCUGUUUCUGCAUGUUCUAGUGUCUCUAAAGAAGAAAUCAACAAGGUACGAAGACAGACAGACGCAUCUCCGUGCACGCUAUUCUCGACGCAAUUUUUUCGGUAGACAAUCGCGGAUACUGCUUUGAAAAUACCUUACGCUCAAAAUUGAGUGCGCAAAGGUGAAAUCCUUAUAUCUCGUUGACAGGAUCGAUGUAAAAUUUUGCACGUAUAUACAAUAAUAAUUCAAACACUCAUUAAUAAUUCAUAAGCUUAUUGGCAAAUCAUGUUAACCAUAAUAUGUCACGUGCAGUGGCUUUAAACCUGAUAAAACACUCCUAAUUAGUAUUCUUUAUAUAAAUUAGUAUUCUUUAUAUAAAGAAUACUAAUAAGGCAGUAUCUAUUGUAGUCGUGUCCUCAUUAGUAUUUUUUAUAUAAAGAAUACUAAAAGGCAGUAAAUCUAUUGAAUUUGUAGUCGUGUUUGAAGCCGUUCAAUAAACUCGCAAGUCGUGUUUCGUUAGGUCUAAAGCUACUCGCGCUGCGCGCUCGUGGCUUUAAACCUAAUAAAACACGACUUGCGAGUUUAUUAAACAGUACUUUAGGUACACACGUAAAACGCACAAGUUGUAACAAACCUGCAGCAGACUUGUUCCAACAACUUGUCAACAGGAUGUGUUCGCACUGCUUGUUCCCAACUUAUUGACAACUUGCUACAAGAUUGUUGAGCUCAACAGUUUGACAAACUUGCUACAAGCCUGUUGCGAACACAUCUUGUUGACAAGUUGUGACAUUUUUACGUGUGUAAUCUCCGAUCAAGCGAGGAUGAUAUUAACGAUGAUAUUACCAUAUUGAGCAUGGUAAGUGAUCUAGUCAACUCUCAUGCAAACUUUUGCUUCCUAGAUUUCUAACGAGCGCAUGACGUCAUCAAUCACAGUUCGUGGCGGGACCCCAGCAACGCGACAAAAGAUCCUCUACGACCGUUCCAACGAAAUUAUCCUGCAAUUCCUCCAAGAAGGCCAUAGCAACGCUACACCGAUACAGUACACCCUCACACCCGUCUGGCAAAUCCUUGGCGAACACCAAGACUACAGAGUACAAGCUACAAAUCUCCAAUACUACUUUGAUGGCUUCUUGAAUUUCGGCUGCAAUUAUAAAAAAGGUACUGUAUGUACAUGUCGACUUUUGCGAUUUCAUUUCUUUUUAUUAUAUAAAACAAAUAGGUCAAAUUUUGAAUGAACAGCAAGUGGUAUAUUAUACUCUCAUUAGUUGUGAGCGCUUGUUACUUAACAUACAAAAAAUUCUCCUCUUAAUUACAAUUACAAGAUCCUCAUUGGUCAAUUAUAUUUUAACUAGAAAAACGUACUGGCUAAUAUUUAAUCAAUUUCAGGCAAACGUGGACCAGCUAUGCAGACCUUCAACCUUGCGACACACUCAACAGACACAAACCCGGUUUAUGAAUGUACCAUUGCUCCAUCUGGCUGUCACCAUGACGAAGAUUGUCAUUACACGGUCGGAAUAUAUUGCUCGUGUUAUGGCGACUCCUGCAUACGUCAUCACAACAGGAAAACAAGUUCUGGUAAUACUCGUUCUUAUCCAACCCAGGAAUAUAACAGCGGGUGGGGAUGGCAUGGGUGUGACUGGUACACUUGGGGAGCAAGUUGUACUUGUGCUAAAGAGAAUGUCUCAAGAAAACGUGUCUGGCCCAUCGUUUGAAAGAAAUAUCAAUAUUGCGUGUCUUGGACUCUGGACUUUAUGUGUUAAACAAUCUAACUUACUUCUUACUGAUGUACUACUGUAAAACUUGUAACAUUGUCAUGUUUUCUUUGAAGUAAACUUCACUGUUUCUAUCUCAAUUAUUUCAAUCAAUAAAUGUCAUUGCAAAUUAAUUUCAAAGUCUCAGUUGUUUUGUCUACAAUAGGUGGGUUUCACUAAGCAGGGCUCUACCUAGACGCGAUGAUUGGGUGCAUAUUCAUAUAUUCGUGCUCUGCCCGACAGAUUUCUUUUGAAAGCGAUUGUUUUUGCGGUAUGUGUAUAUGAAUAUGUACCACCACCCCCAAUUAUCACGUAAGGAAAAGCUUAGUGGUCAACUUUACACGUAUCGACGCUUUAU